UUUGAUCCUGCUACGAACCAGUGGUCGGAUGACGUUGCUCCAACCAUUCAAACACACUACUCAUGUGGUGUGGCUGUACUUGACGGUUCUAUUUACGUAGUGGGUGGAACUAGCACUGUUGAUUGUAUGUCGGCUGUUGAACGGUAUGACGUUCGACGAAACGAAUGGUUCUUUGUGGGACACAUGCGGGAAUCUAGAGCAGGGGUUGCUGUUGCCGUGCUUGAUGGUUGUUUAUACGCCCUCGGAGGACAUGAUGAAGGAUUACAAUGGAAUACUGUAGAGAGAUUCGACCCACGGGAAGGUAAAUGGAAAGACGUUCGCCCGAUGUCAACGAUUCGAUACUCUCUCGGAAGUGCAGCCAUCGAUGACUAUAUUUAUGCAGUAGGAGGAUUAAAUGAGUCACACUCUCCAUUGAGUUCUGUUGAGAAGUAUGACCCACGCCGCAAUGCGUGGACUCCGGCGCCUGCCAUGAACAACAGGCGAUAUAGUUUAGCACUUGGUGUUGUUGACGAGAAGCUAUACGCUGUGGGUGGCUUCGAUGGCACUGCAGAGCAGGAUAUCGUUGAAGUUUUUGAUCCCAAGGAGAAUCAAUGGAAACUUCACAGUCGCAUGAAUGAUCGGAGAAGAGACGGAGGUGUGGGUGCUGUUUGGAUGCCGUGA